AUGGGCACCGGCAUUGCUAUAGUGGCUGCACGACAUGCGCAAGUAGAAGUCCUUGGAUUGGACGCCUAUCCUCAAAGCCUGGAUCGCAGCAAAGCCUUCGUGAAGGAUUGGGCAGCCAAGGAGGCAAAGAAGGGUCGAAUGUCUGAAGCAGAGGUGGAAGCUUUCUUGAAGCAGAUCAAGUUUGGUGAUUUGAAUGAUGGAGGCUUUCUGAGAACCACCAUUCCGCAGGUGGACUUUGUGAUUGAGGCAGUGAGUGAGGACCUGAAUGUCAAGCAAUCAUGCUAUGAGACCCUCCAGGCUUCAGGCCUCCCGGAGGAAAGUGUGCUUGCGACCAAUACAUCCUCAAUAUCGAUCACCAAGUUGGCCUCGAACAUCUCCAGGCCAGAGCGGAUGAUCGGUAUGCACUUCAUGAAUCCGGUCCCGGUCAUGCCAUUGGUGGAAGUCAUCAGAGGUUUACGAACAGAUGAUGCAACGUUGCAACUCACGUUGCAGCUCUGUACAGCAAUGAAGAAGGAGCAUUCAACCAGUGAAGAUCGGCCUGGCUUCAUCGCGAAUCGAAUUCUGAUGCCUUACAUAAAUGAGGCCGUGUUCGCGCUGCAAGACGGAGUUGGAACUGCAGAGGACAUUGACAAGACUCUCAAACUGGGAACGAAUGUCCCGAUGGGUCCUUUGACACUUGCCGACUUCAUUGGCCUGGACACUUGCCUCAGCAUCAUGAAGGUGCUGCACCGAGACUUGGGUGACUCAAAGUACCGUCCUGCACCGUUGCUGGUGAACUACGUGGAAGCUGGAUGGCUUGGCAAAAAGACCAAGCGUGGCUUUUAUGAUUACAGCUGA